AUGAGCAAUCCUUAUGUCAUAUCCCGUUCACAUGAAUCCCACGAGGCAUGCAGACUCUGCUUCGCCAUCUUAUUCCUCGUUUUGGCUGCAUUCAGCAAUUUGGCCGCACUCGCUUAUAUUCACGAUUUUGUUGGGAGAGAGGCGUUACCGGAUGUAGUAUUCGCGGUGAUACCUGAGCAGACAUGGGCCUUGAAAGUAGGUGAUGGUAUGGUGAUGUUGUGUGUGAUAUUUCUGAUAACUCUGGUGGUGUGCCAUCGCGAGCGGGUCGUUAUUCUUAGAAGGACUUUUUUCAUUUUCGCAUGUCUGUAUUCAAUGCGAACCGUAUCACUGCUCUGCACCCAACUCCCCUCCGGUUACGUUGAUAAUGACUCGCAAUGUCGUGCUAAGUUAAAUCAGUCUAUUAUCAGCUGGGAUUUGUUUGCGUUGCGAAUUCUAGAGCAGGCUUAUAAAUUCGGCUUCCAGGAUGUGAACGCGAAAAUGCUGUGUGGUGAUUUGCUCUUCUCGGGUCAUACAAUAUCGAUGGUGACCAGUGCACUGACCAUCUCCUACUACCUUCCUGAUUCCAUCAGACCGUUGAGGUGGGUGGGCUGUAGUGGCAACUCAGCCAGUUCGUGUGGCAACUCAGCGAAAGCGGAAUGCCGUGAACGAACAGCUGAACGUUUUAUGGUCAAGCAGUUAUUUUUCCAUAAUGGAGAUCCAACACAGUCUCUGGGUUCGUCCAGCGACCCAUCCAAUGACCUAGCUGUAAAGUUGGAGAGGGCUGAGAUCGAAUCAAAUCUUUUAAGAGAGAAUUAUUCGAAAGCGCAAGCUGAAGUACAGAAAUCGGCGAAGGCCAAAGAAAGGUAUAAGGCACUGUAUGAACGAGAAAGAGAAAAGACGAAAAGACAAGAAUUACAACUAAAAACGACGCAAGUGUUAGAGAUGAUGCUGCAGGAUCAACAGCUUUUACAGAAGAAAAUUGAGCAGUACGAAAGUCGACUUAAAGCAUCCGCUUUGUAUAAAACAUUAACUGGUACGACACCCGAAGCAAAUGUACUGGAACUAAUCGAUGACUUAAUCGGUGAUAACGCUCAACCGGAUGCGGCGAAAUUUUUGGAUAUUUUAAGGAGAGAACUGCACAAAACGAAGAGAAAUCUCAAAAAGGUUGAAGCGCAAUGGGAUGUGACGAAAAAGAAGGUUAUUGAUCUCAAUAUGAAGUUGAAUUCGCAUCAAGCUUUGAACGUUGCUCUCAGAGACGAAGUUUUGGCCUUAUGCGGUAACAAUAUGAAUGAAAAGCUUAACGAUAGCAGACUUCAACCCGUACUCAUGUAUAGUCCAGAUAGACGUGUCUCUUAUGGAUUCGCGUUGAAUGAAUCAAAAGAAUUCCCUGAAAGUCUAAUCGCUUCUGCAUAUAGAGCACGUAAUCAGCCUUCUUGUUCGAAAAACCCCUUUAAAAAACUGAACGAUAGUCAGAAUCGGGAUCAGCAGAAUCAAAAUAAGGAUAAGCGUUUCAUGGCGUUCCUUUUCGAUGACAGUCCUCAACCAUCGACAAGCAAGGUGGACGAUUGUCGAGUGGAGGAUGAAAGGGAUACGCCAAAACAGAGAGGAAAUGAAAAAGAAAAUGUUGAGAACAUAUCAAGUCCAAAAGUGCCGAACGAUGUGAUGAAACGUGUUUUGUUGUCUUUGGAAGCAGAACAGAAAGGCACGAGGAGGAAAUUACCUUUCUCGUCUGAAAAUACUCACAUCAAGAGGAUUAAAUCUGCCUCAUCCAUCCAAACCAACCCUCAUCGACCAACUGAUACAAAUCGUCCCAAGAGUAUGCUCACCAGCAAACCUCCUCAAGCACGCAUCACAAGUUUCUUCCGCCAACCUCAGUCGAAUCCGAAUCAGAAUUCUCAUCAACUUCCGUCCAUUUCUUCCAAUGCUGUCACUAAGAAGUCGAGCAGUGCCGCAGAUCAUAAUGACACGAUUUUAAUCGAUAGUGAUUAA